AUGGCCUCGCACGAAGCGCGAAGUGCCUCACGCGCGGCGUUGCCCCUGGGCUCCGUGGCUGCACCGGGCGUCACAGGGUGCAGGCCGACCGUCGAGUGCAAGAUUACACUCGAGCAGUUGGUUGCCGAGCCGCGCGAGCUGGCAGCGCUCAGCCACACGCCGUGCGCCACGGCGUGGACAGAGCCCGCCUUCCGCUCGGCCGAGCAGAACGCCGCGAACGUAGAGAUGCCCCCUGGCGCUGGCGGCGCCGGUAAAGGUGCUCCACGGGACCAGCACCCAGGAGAGGGCACAGGCAGGGAGAAGCCCUGGGACAUGGCGGCGUACCGAGGCCUGGAGGCCGGGGCGCACGGCAGGGGCAGCGCGUGGCUGCCCGGCGAGGAGAGCGCGGCCGACUGCGCCGAAGGCCCGCCCGAGCCCCUCGCCCGAGGCCGCGGGGGGCUCCGACACCGCCCCGCGGGGGCGCUGCUGACCGCGGCGGCGUUGCUGGCGGCGGCCCUGCCGGCAGCGCUGCGGGGCGCGGGCGGAGGGCCAGGGCCGGAGCGCGACGGAUCGCCCCGCACCAUCCAGCUCGAGUCCGAGCCGCCCAGCGAGAACGGGACGGGGAGCGACGAGCCGCCCCUCUACCCGAACGGCAGCGCCGGGUGCCUUGCGUCCCGCAACCUGACGUGGACGGCCCCCUUCGGCGGAGUCGUCAGGGUGCUGGUGGUGGGGGGCGGCGGCGGCGGCAGCAGCAGCGGCGCGGGCCUCGCGGGCGGUGGAGGCUACGGUGGGGACGUGGGCGAGCAGGAGUUCGAGGUUGCCAUCGGCGACACCUUCACCGUGAUCAUCGGCGAGGGGGGCACUGGCGGUGCGGGCCUCGACGGCGACGGGAGGGGUGCCGGCGGCAGCGAGUCCGCCUUCGUGGCGGACUCUGGCGUCGGAGAGCUCCGGAGCCGCGGCGGGAGGGGCGGUCAGCCCGACGGAGGCGGAGGUGCCGCUGGGCGGUGCUUCGACAGUUGCCCAGCAGAUGGCAAUAAUAGUUUGUACAUUGUUGAUCGGAGCGAGCUCACAGCGUGCCUCAGCAUCUCCUCCGGGAGCGUCAUGGUGAGAGACCUGACGGAGUGCCUGACCAACGCCUCGCGUGAGCCCAACGCCUCGCGUGAGCCAGACUCGGGGGGCGGCACCGACUUGGCCGUCGUUAAUUUGUCUACUUUUUACAAUUGCAUGGAGGAGUCCGUCUUCGACGGGAAGUCCGACACUGCGGAGCCGACUGAUCUGAUUCCUUGUCUCAACAUGUCAAUGGGUGAGGCUGUUGGAGGACAGUGUGGUAUUGGCGCAUUUGGGGUGACCUCGUGCAUAUCUGGCGAUUGCAUCGCGUACGGAGGCGGAGGUGGUGCUGGCUCCAACGAGACAGCUUGCGGAGAAGUUGAAACUGGCGGCGUCGGUGGCGGUGGCAAUGGCGGGGCCCCCGGCACGGGGCUGGAGGGCAGGCCCGGGAUGCCAGGUUUUGGCAGCGGGGGCGGGGGCGGCGGCGUGUCAGGCACCAAGAGCGGCAACGGCGGAGACGGAGGCAGGGGCGCCAUCAUUCUGCGCUACAUUCUGAUCAGCGACCUGAACGGCACGAUCCUGCCAGAGAGCUCCAGCGAUGAAGGCAAUGCCUCGAACCAUUCCGCCAGCGACACUGGCGGCGGCUGCGGUCCAGGCGACAAUUGCCUCCCAGAGCAGUACUGCGGCUUCCCGACAGGUGUGAGCCCGAGCCAGAUCCUGUGCCCGAGCAAAGGCAGGUGCCCUGGCGAGGGAUCGCCAUCGUUCACGACAUGCCAACCUGGCACGCAGAACGCCUGCGCUUGCCAGCAGGAGCUGGUGAACGGGCAACAAGCGCUGACGUGCGAGUGUCCGCAGAGCGGCGACUGCUACGAUUCCCUGCCGCCGAACUCGACGGAUCAGGGAAGUAACGCCUCGAAUCCGUCAGCUGCUGGCACGGCAGGCAGCGCAGCGAACAUUUCUGCCGCUGGCAUUGGCGGCGGCCAUGGUCCAGGUGAGGACUGCGCUUCGGGGCAGUAUUGCGGCUUCCCGACCGGUGUGAGCCCGAGCCAGAUCUUGUGCCCCAGCAGCAACAGGUGCCCUGGCGAGGGAUCGCCAUCGUUUCCGACAUGCCAACCUGGCACGCAGAACGCCUGCGCUUGCCAGCAGGAAACGCUUGCGCUUGCCAGCAGGAGCUGGUGA